AAUAUCAAGCAGGAGCUUGUUGUUGAUCAUGUUUGAGGGCAUCACUUUGAGAUGAAAACUUUUGCCAUUUUGGUAAUCAACAAAGGGAUGUCUGGAUCAGGAAGUCUAGGGUGAUUUUUGCAAAGGAGUUUGUUUGGUACAUGCACAGUGCUAUUGAGGAAGAGAGAUCCUAUGUGUACCUGAACAUACUACAUGAAUGUCACACAGCAAGAAGCAGACGUUCAUGUAUGGAGACCAAUUGGACUUUGACCCAUUUACUUCAGAAGCCACUGAGAAACUUGGCACUCUGAGGGAAGUUCCCUUUUUCCGUUUCCUGUGUGUGUUUCAUUUGAAACAUUCCAAGAAGUCGGUUCUUUAUUUGUACUUAAUUGGGAAUUCCCGCUAAACGUGGGGGCUUGCCUUGAACAUUGAGCACUGAUUCAUGCACAUUAGUUGAAGAGCUUUAAUAGAGAUUGGAUCACAAUUCAUUUGACAUUUUUUAGAGCAGUAUUUGUAAAGACGAGCAUCGGUACUCAAAGAGGAUGACACUUGUACAGUUUAGAAAUUAAUGAAAUAUUUUGUGAUGACCGAUAGAAGAAAAAUUUGUCGAAAAACAUCUUGAUUAUCUACAAGAGAGCACUGAUUGAAAUAUCCUAGAGUUAUUUGUGCAGUCCCAGGCACUGGGAACUGUGUAUUGCUCCUUGUGUGUGAAGCAGCAAUUCAUUAACUGAUCUUCAUACAGUUGUACGUGACAUACCAAGUCAAGUUUGGCGAGGGAGACAGGCCAGGAGACAAUUAGUCCUUGGCAUUUUGGGGGUAUAAAACCAGCCCUGAUUUUUGUUUACGCAAUUGUAAAAAAGCCCAAACAUUAACAUGGCAACAGGCACCUCGACAGUAACACAGACGGUGCAGGAGGACACCGAAGAGAAUGUGAUCGAGCAGACAGAGUCUAUCGUCAGGAAUUUCUUUCACCAAAGAUUGACAAUGGACAUGCAGGACCAGACGAGUGAUAUGAAUAUAGCCACGCCCAGGAUACCAGAAUUACAGAACUUCACUUCAGAUCCGUUAAGUCCAACCUCAAGAGUAGGGCGAAGACUAGCUCAGAUAGGAGACCAAAUCGAUGCGCAGUACGAAGGAGAGUUCCGACAGAUGAUUCAGAUGCUUCACAUAACCCCCUCAACGGCCUACCAAGCAUUCGCUGGAGUAGCAAGACGAUUAUUCGUGAAGGGCAUCAACUGGGGGCGCAUUUCGGCCCUGCUCAUGUUCGGCUAUCGCAUCGCCAAAGACGUCAUGACGAGCGUCGGGGAGUUCGUUCACAAGAUCAUCAAGGACUUGGUGCGUUUCAUCAUCUCGGAGAGAAUAGCGACGUGGAUUGCGCAACAAGGAGGAUGGAUUUCGGCGCUGAACUUCAGGAUAGAGAACCCGAGCGUGGGUGUCAUUGCAAUAGCAGGCCUGUCAGCACUAGCUAUCGUGUGUGCGUUUUUAUGGUCAAGAUCUAGGUAGAACACUGUCGAGGUACACGUAGCAGCUUUUUAUUGAAAGGGAUCGGUGUAAUAAUAAAGUUACACUGCAGGGACCUGUUGCCGAAAGACUUGCAAUCAAAGACAACCUCUAAAAAAGUCAAUUGCAACUUUAUUUUGAGCCAAUCGAAUGUGAAUAUUUCGGACUUGCGCUUGAUUAUUUUUAGUUGCGUUUAAACAGAACUCUUUCUGCAUCAGGACCUGGUGAAUGUUGAUGACGCAGAUAGUCUGAUUUUUUUUUUACCGACAGAUUUGCUCUGAGCCAAUCAGAUGCAAUGAUUUGGUUAGCGCUUAAAAAAAUAGUAAAAAUCACUAUUUGUUUUAAGAAUACUCCCGAGGACUGCUCUGAAGCCAAACUAAGAGAGCAUUUCACAAAAAAGCUUGUCAUUGAUUUUUACUGUUGAAUUUACACCAGGCCAAUCACAUGCAAGGAUUUUGGGAACUAUGACAAUAGUCAGUGAUACUUAUGGACUAUCAUGAAAUGCCUAUGAAGACUGCUUUUAAACCAAACUAGGAGAGCAUUUCACAAAGAACCCUGUCAUGUAUUUUUUUUGCUGAUGAAAUUGCUAUUGGCCAAUGAGAUGGAAGGGUUUCAUUGGUUUGUAAUAUAUGUCAUUGCAGUGUAACUUGGUCUGGGUGCUAACCUUUGUGAUAAAGUGUCCUGAGAACAUUGGUUUCUACUCGGGGGUUUUUAAUCUGGGGCCCGUUUCAUUAAUCUUUAAAACUACAGUGAUUUUACCUUCAUGACAACUACUAAGGAAACCUUGAUUGUGAUUGGCUGCGGAGUCCUGUUACCAUGGUAAUUGCCAUCAGAUCAAAGUUAUGAUAGUCGCAAGUCUUUAUGAAAUAUGUCCGUGCAGGCAUGUUUUACAUGCCUGUCAAGCUCUAAACUAUCUUGCGAUUUCUCAGAGCGUCAAAAUUGUGUGUUAGCUCCUUAUUGCACCGAUUCCUUAUAAUGUACUUAUAGUGAUUUUGCCUUGCAAUGCAUUGACUGUAUAUUCUCAUGGAAACAAAAGGCAAUGCACAGGGUCUGUUCACCUUUAUUAACAUCGGUGCGUUCUCAUUGGGUUUUCCUGCUUGCAGGUCUACAUAGCAAGUACAGGAUUUGAAAGGACCCAGGACAACAGGAUGCAAUAACUUUCACGUUUUUAAAACGUUAAGAUUGGCUUGGCUUGAACAAGCCUGGAAAACGAGAGGAACAUGUUAGCCUACCUCCUUGAAAUUAUUCAGACUUCAUGUUGCUUUUCUUUUCCAAAUUAUUUUCGAUAUUUGGUGAACAGAUGGUUUGAAAGUUAUCUUUGUCCUAAACUAUUUAUAUACAUGUAAAAUAGGACUUGUAAAAUAAGUACAUAAAGUCAUAAACUAUGACUGUGAUGUCAAAGAAGUGUAUAUUUCUUACUCGUUGAUUAAACCAAACUAAGUUUGGGAAAGUACUGUAAAAGAAUUAAACAAUUUGUUAUAUUAUGAUGAUGCAUGUGUGAACCAGGUUAUUGUGCGAAUAUUGUCGAUAUCUUGUUCCGGGACAGGAUUAUGUUUUAUGUUUUCUUUCUGUAAUGUUACUUCUUGGAAGUCUUCGGAGUAAUUUUAUUGGAAAAUGACUCUGUCAUAGUGACAUGCUGACGGUGGUUACUGAUUGUCUUCACAGAAAGAGGUUUAUUUUCUUAUUAAAUCUCAAAUGUUUUAUGGCAAAAGGUUUGUUUCAUUGUAAACGCAGAGAAAUAUGCAUUUUGUCGAUUUAACAACAACUUCGAGAAUGAAUUGCCAUAGCAGUAAAGUUAGAUUUUCCCAAAGUUGUUGCAAUAUUUAUAAUAGAAUAAACAAACACAACAGACGAAGGCCAUGUUUUUUGUCUCAGCUGCAUAGCAAAACGAGACUAUAGGCGCUGUUUUCCCGACAGCAGUGGUGUUGUCAACAUUGAAAUCUUAACCAAUGGUUAAGUUUUUUAAAUGUCAUAACUUAGAAAGUAUAUGGAUCUGUUUCAUGAAACAUGGACAUAAAGGUUAUCAGGUAUUACUGAACAUCCUACCUUAGUUUCAGGUCACAUGACCAAGGUCAAAGGUUAUUUAGGGUCCAUGGACUUAGACCACAUUGGGGGCAUUUGAAAUGUCAUCAUAACUUAAGUUCAUGGAUGUAGUUCAUAAAAUUUGGACAUUUCAGGUCACAUGAUCAAGGUGAAAGGUCAUAUAGGGUCAAUGAACUUACUAUUUUGUUAUCACAUGAAUGGUGGUUUUCGUGAAUAAUUAUUCAUCUUAGUUGUUUUUAAAGUCAGCACUGCUGCUAUAUUGAAUGGCAUACAGUAAUGCAGGUGAGACUGCCAGAGGCAUUCCACUUGUUUUAUGUUGGUCAUAUGUACGUGUAAUACUUUUAAGACUAGGGCGGGGGUAAAAAAAUUAGAGUAAGCAAGCCAUCAUUACAAUGUAAAUACAAACGAGACUUCUACAUAAAAACUCUUUAAUAUAUUCAUACAACUCUCCUUUUGUAUUUGUUACGAAAAGAUAAUAUAUAUGGUAUAAUGUUCUUAAGAAAAGAAAACUUACCAAUUUUCAGACUGUAAAUGUAGAAAAUCAAUACAUGUAUUUACAUGGAGAUUGUGGACAUGGACGCAGAACUGCUUGCUCCUGUUUCAUCAAAGUUAUAAUCAAUAACAAAUGACAUAAAUCAAUCAGAAAUUUGUUUGCAGCCAAUUAUAUUGCUAGAUUUCAGUAGCUUGUAACAACUUUUUGUGUACUAAAUUUUGUGAAAUAGUGAUCCCAAGGUUUGUGAUGAACUGUAAAUUGAAAUGAAUGAAUACUUAUGAUUGGUUCUUGGUCCCUGAGAAUCACAUGACUGGGAUUAUGUAUGAAGUGCUAUUUUAGAGCUAAAUAUUAUUAUUAUUUUUUUUUAGAAUAUGAAAAGUUUGAGCCUCCAAAUGAUUGUAAAUUUUUGGUUACAUCGAAUGUAUUUGCUUAUUAAAUGAUUGAAAAUGAUAACAUUUCAUGAAUAUAUGUCAUGUGUGUGAUGGACAUCCUAAAUCUGUCAUUUUCAGAUUUCAUUCGUGAGUACUGGUACUAAAUUGAAACAAUGAUGAAUUUGUCUUCAUAAUUAUUUAAAAAUAUAUAUUUUCGGCUGAAAUUUCAGCUGAAAAAAUUUCCAUUGUUGACUUGCAAGCUGUUAUUGUACAGUUGUUAAGUAAUUUUCCAAAUAUGUUUUUCUUUUCCUCAGAUUAUGAUUUUUCUACUGAGUUAAUGAUAUUUUGUUCAAAUUAAUUUAAUACCACACAUGAAUUUGUUAUGCUGAUUUUUUUUCCUAUGAUGAUCCAUAUUCUUUCAUAUGUUAUUCCUUUAUCUGUGUUUGUUGGUGUAUAUUGGAGCCUUCCUCGUGUGAAAGGAGAACAAUAAAACAGAAGGAUGGGAUUUUUAAAAAGAUAUUUGCCCAAUUCAAAGCAAUUUUUCCCACCAGAUUAUUCAAAAACAUGUUUAUAUACCUCCUCUAUUAAAGUUGAACAGAAUUCUGUGAUCCAUAAAGCCACUUAUUAAUAGGCAAAGUUACCCGUCCCUGUUGCCAUAUAUACUUGAAAUUAACUAGUUGAAAAUAACUGCAUUAAAGGGUAAUUUGGCACAAGUACUAUUUUAGUCACAUUUGACUAGCAGUAUACAUGUAUUCUUGUACAGUUGUCCUUAUUGACUGCUGGAGUCGCACAUUUUAUCUGACAGUUGGCAUGGCGACUGCUUCUCAGCCAAUUAAAAUCGAGGAAAGUUGUCCGAUCUGAAAAGUUAUCGGACAAAAAAAAAGUUGAUGAAAUGCUCCACAGAUCUUGUGAUCUACUGAAGUCUAUUUUUAGAGUGUAUUUCCUUUUGAAUUGUGACUCUGUUUUGAGUCAUUUUGACCACUUUUUAUCCAAACCAACCCCUGAUGAAUGCAGAGUAGCCUGAAUUCAAGAGCUAAGACACAUGCAAUGUUGAUGGGUUAUAUAUAGUUUUAUAUAUGUGUUCAUUAACAAUAUAAUGCGGACACAUUUUGUAGAACUCUCUGAGUCUUACAGCAUCCUACCAUUUCAUUUGAUAAGUGAUAUUAACAGGGCAUUUUGGAUAUUUUGUACAAAACAUACUUUGUUUAUGUCAUAUUGUUUACAAACAAGAAAAUUUGUGAACUUGUUUAUACUAUAGUAUGAUUAACGAGGUUAUGGUUGUUGGAUCAUGUUAAUGCGUGUGGAGAGCGGAUGUGCGGCAUGGAGGAAAUAAAGAAUUAUUGAAAACGUUUACAAGAAA